UGUAAACAAGGGAGUGGGACGUAAAGGCCCGGGAGGUCAGAAAGCCGGGCCUCGGGCUGCACCGAGAGCUUGGGCCAGGAUCGGGAACGUGCAGAGGGAAGCAAUCCUGGACCAUGACUCAGCAGCCACUUCGAGGAGUGACCAGUCUGCGUUUCAACCAAGACCAAAGCUGCUUUUGCUGCGCUAUGGAGACAGGUGUGCGCAUCUACAACGUGGAGCCAUUGAUGGAGAAGGGGCAUCUGGACCAUGAGCAGGUGGGCAGCAUGGGCCUGGUGGAAAUGCUGCACCGCUCCAACCUGCUGGCCCUGGUGGGCGGUGGUAGCAGCCCCAAGUUCUCAGAGAUCUCAGCAGUGCUGAUCUGGGACGAUGCCCGGGAGGGCAAGGACUCCAAGGACAAGCUGGUGCUGGAGUUCACCUUCACCAAGCCAGUGCUGGCUGUGCGCAUGCGCCAUGACAAAAUCGUGAUCGUGCUGAAGAACCGCAUCUAUGUGUACUCCUUCCCCGACAAUCCCCGAAAGCUGUUUGAGUUUGACACCCGGGACAACCCCAAGGGGCUCUGUGACCUCUGCCCCAGCCUGGAGAAACAACUGCUAGUGUUCCCAGGACACAAGUGCGGGAGCCUGCAACUCGUGGACCUGGCAAGCACAAAGCCCGGCACCUCAUCUGCUCCGUUUACCAUCAAUGCACAUCAGAGCGACGUGGCCUGCGUGUCUCUGAACCAGCCAGGCACGGUAGUGGCCUCGGCCUCUCAGAAGGGCACCCUUAUUCGCCUUUUUGACACGCAGUCCAAGGAGAAGCUGGUGGAGCUGCGCCGAGGCACUGACCCCGCCACCCUCUACUGCAUCAACUUCAGCCAUGAUUCUUCCUUCCUGUGUGCAUCCAGUGAUAAGGGCACAGUCCAUAUCUUUGCUCUCAAGGAUACCCGCCUCAACCGCCGCUCAGCGCUGGCUCGCGUGGGCAAGGUGGGGCCUAUGAUUGGGCAGUAUGUGGACUCUCAGUGGAGCCUGGCGAGCUUCACCGUGCCUGCUGAGUCAGCCUGCAUCUGUGCUUUCGGUCGCAACACUUCCAAGAAUGUCAACUCUGUCAUUGCCAUCUGUGUAGAUGGGACCUUCCACAAAUAUGUCUUCACUCCCGAUGGAAACUGCAACAGAGAGGCUUUCGAUGUGUACCUUGACAUCUGUGAUGACGAUGACUUUUAAGGACCCUGUGGGUUGUGCUAGGGACCUGCAGUGGCAGACUGCAAAGCCUGUGCGGGGGUGGGAGUGCUGUGGAAGUCACCAGCCAGCAAACAUUAAUGGAGCAGGUGCCCACUUUCCACUCUUAAGAGCAAUGCCUAAACAGCUCAGUCGCCCCAAGCACUUCUUGAUGACUAUGUGCCCGCAGAGCCAGGCCAGGGACUCAGAGAGAGAGAGCAGCCCUCCUGGGGCUCCCAGCCUGGAGAAGACUGCUAGGGACCCAGAGUAGGUGCCCUAAUCCAACCUGUGGGGAUUUUUAAAAGACUUACCAGAAAGAGACGAUCUCUGAUAUGAUGAAUAUGAAUAAAAGGCCCUUAAUAGUAUUUAUGGCUGGACCUCGGGAGUGGGGCCUGGAGGAGAUGAGGCUGAAAAAGCCCUGCGGGAGUUUCCCGGAAAGGUGUGAACCUCUUGGACCCUGACAGGAAGGAAGUGGGAUCCUGCUCGGGUCCUUCUGACAGUCUCUGCGUGUCCUCUAAUGUCUGGCCACUGUGUGCCAGAGCCGCCAACACCGCCCAGAACUGUCCCCGUGGCGCCACCUCCUGUGGGUGGACGGGAGUGACUCGCCCCGCGGC